UGACAACGUCUCAAUCUUUGAUAUAACCCUUUGACGUACGCACGAGGUACUUGCACCAACGAUGGCGUCCAACAAAGCUGCAAGAGUUGGCGAAGAGGUGUGGAAGAGCCGUAUAGAUAAAGUCAAUGCCGAGCUUGUUACCCUCACAUACGGCACAAUUGUUGCGCAGCUAUGCCGCGACUAUGAGGGGGACUACGUCGAAGUGAACAAGCAACUAGACAAGAUGGGCUACAACAUUGGACUGCGCCUUAUCGAGGACUACCUAGCAAAAUCGAAUUCGAUGCGCAGGUGUUCGAACUUCAAAGAGACAGCCGACAUGAUCUCAAAGGUCGGCUUCAAGAUCUUCCUCAAUAUCACACCGACAGUGACAAACUGGACGACAGACAGCAAGCAAUUCUCGCUGAUCUUCGAGGAGAAUCCGCUGGCGGACUUUGUGGAGUUACCCGACGACGGGCGCGCGCAGGAGGAGCUCUGGUUCUCGAAUAUCUUCUGCGGGGUACUGAGGGGCGCUCUGGAGAUGGUACAGAUGCAGGUCGAGGCUCAUUUUAUAAGCGACGUGCUGAAGGGGAAUGAUACGACGGAGAUGCGGAUAUCGCUGAUACGGUACAUUGAUGAUGAGAUGCCGGCGGAUGAUGAGUGAGGGGUUGGUGGUGCUUUUUGUGGAGUUUCGGCGCUAGAUAUAGGGGUGGGGAUUCAUGACAUGGCAGGGCUAUGGCGACGGGAUGGUUUUUGGUAGGUACGCCUUGAUAGAGCUCCACCGAAUGAAAUCAUGUUCUACAAUACUGGGCUAUGCUUCCACCUCUUUGCUAGUUGGUUGGAUAGUUGUGGUUGUUACGCAGCCUCAUCGGCUGUUGCGUAC